AUGAGUUUGGUCAGUGUGAUCCGAGUUUAUGAUUUUGAUCAGGUUUGUGGAUCCAUAAAAACAUUCCACAUAUUUUGUUUUCCCCAUCCAUUACCAAAGUUGAACAUUUUUCCAUUACCAAAGUUGAACAUUUUUGGAUUAAACCUAUUUCAGGGUAAGUUGAGAGACGGUCGGACGGUGGCCGUGAAAAGACUAUCUUUAGAGAAAUCUUUCCAAGGAGAAUCAGAGUUUCUGGCUGAAGUGAGAAUGAUCACCAACAUUCAGCACAAGAAUUUGGUACGACUUCUCGGAUGUUGUUCCGAUGGGGAACAACGCCUGCUUGUCUAUGAGUACAUGAAGAACAGGAGCUUGGACCUCAUAGUUUAUGUACUAGGAAACAACAAUCAAUUCAUGGAUUGGAACACAAGGUUCCAGAUAAUCCUUGGCAUAGCUCGAGGCCUAGAAUACCUGCACGAAGAAUCCCCUUUGAGAAUCGUGCAUAGAGACAUGAAAGCAAGCAAUGUUCUUCUGGACGACAAGUUCCAGCCCCGGAUUAGCGAUUUCCGGCUGGCCAGAUUCUUCCCUGAAGACCAAGCUUAUCUCAGCACCACAUUUGCAGGGACCUUGGGAUACACAACACUAGAGUAUGCGAUCCGGGGUGAGUUGUCAGAGAAGGCCGACAUCUACAGCUUUGGAGUGCUCCUUCUUGAGAUCAUCUGUUGUAGGAAGAACACAAAUCUCAACUUACCAACAGAGCAGCAGUACCAUCCUGAAUACGCGUGGAAGCUAUACGAGAAAAACAAGGUGAACGAGCUGAUAGAUUUGAGGCUCCGAAAACACGGGAUCGUGGAGAGAGAUGUGGUGCACGUGAUCCACGUAGCGUUCUUGUGUAUUCAAUCGCUGGCAAACCUGAGGUCUCCGAUGUCUGAGGUGGUGGCAAUGCUUACGUGUAAAGCUAAUGCAAGGGUAGGCCAGCAUUCUUGGACAAGAGGAGGAGAGCAGAAGGGAGCUUCUCUUAUGAUGUUAUCUCAGAAGCUUUCCCUUCUCCCAUGGGAGUAUUGA